AUGAGCUUGAAAAUACGAAAGGCAACAUGUAUGACAUGUUGUCUGAGUUUCGAGUAUCAGAAUUUGAUUCGUUCGUUGACAUACUGCGACUAACAUCGGUAGAUCCAUUGGACACUUUCGGCGAGAUGUGGUACCCAGUGUUUUUGUGGUCGUUAUGUUCUUCGGUGUUUGUGCAUACUUGUGCCGCGCUCGUCGCCUUCGCAACGUUAAGGAAGCACAAAUAUGGCAAGUUCUUUCCCGUGCUACUAAUCGUGAUGGGCGUAGUGAAUCCAGUGACUUCAGGCGUAGCUAGCAGUGCCGCGGUUGCGUUUAUUUACCGGGCUGCCAACUUGAAGAUGAUGCCCAUUCAUGCUAUGAUAUGGGGCAUCGGACAGACAGUGCUUGGUGCUGGUAUUGGGUUUACUAGAAUUUUAGCCACUUUGUAAUGUAUGGUAGAUACUGCAGUUACAACCAGCUCUUUCAUUAUGGGUCAGAUGAAUUGAAAGUCAAUUAUCUUAAUUAUAGUAGAUGAAUAAAUAAGAUAGGGUGCUGAAUUCCAAUGCAUGAUUUCCACAUGUACUUUGUACAAAUACUCAUAUUAAAAUUGUUUGGUAUACCUACUUAUUGUAAAUACUGUAGAUCUUAUUGUAUUAUAUGUUUUGCAUACUUUUUUAUAUAACUGUCAUAAAAUAAUAAACAUGUAUACCCUUUGCCUUCAACUAGUCCAUUCCUCAAAAAUGUUGAGGGGUUUGAAGUAUUGGAAAAUAAAUUAUAGAUAUAAAAACAAUAGUUUAUAUGGUACAUUGUGAUGCUGUGGCCUAUAAGUGGUUGGAAUUAAACUUGUUACAAAGAUUGUAAAAAAUAUGUAUGUUAUUGGUAUGGGUGGUGUAUUAAAUAAAUAAAUACUGCACAUAAUGUGGUAUUCAUUCCUAUAAAUUUAAAUAAAACUAUGCAAUAUUAUGUAGGUUAGAUUGCUAUGUUCAUUGUGGACUUAAUAGAACCCACCGUUAAUAUGUCAAACUGAUUAGUUAAUUUCAUAUAAGAAUUUGUAUCUGGAAUCGAUAGAAAAAACUGUCAAACAUGAAUAUCAAGGUAUUAACAAUAUUGCACAAGAUGACAUGUUUUAAAAAAAUAGAGAGAUGUUUUGUACUUACAUUA